AUGUCAUUACCGCAAGCAGCAGCGACAGCCCCAAUUCCUAACGUUUUAGUCAUUGGUGCAGGUGGAGUAGGAGUAAUCACGGCCCUUUCAUUGUACAUUCGGAAAUUAUCUCACGUCUCCAUGGUUAUAAGAUCUGAUUAUGAUCAUGUCACUGCAAAUGGAUACCAAAUAGAUUCCUGUGAUUACGGUCAUAUAUCCAAUUGGAAACCUCAUUCAAUAUAUAGGACUGCAUAUGAUGCCUCCCAAUCGGGACUGUUUUUCAAUUAUUUAGUCAUAACAACCAAGAAUAUACCCGAUGGUCCCGUUGAAUCCAGGGUCUCCAAUAUCAUUAAACCCAUCUUGGAAUCUAAUAGAACGUUACAGUCGGAAGAGCUUACCAAUAUUAUCUUAAUUCAAAAUGGAAUUGAUAUUGAAAAGGAAAUCGUUUCUAAAUUCAAUAAAGAUGAUUAUAAAUAUUCAUUAUUGUCAGGGAUUCAAUUGAUAGGAUCUACUAAGAUUGGGAAAGGGAUCAUCAAACAAAUUGGUAAGGAUCAUUUAUCAGUAGGUGCAUUUGAUGCCUGUGAUAGGAAAGCUAUCCAUUUCGCUCAAGUGUUUGUUGAAUUGUAUGGGAAUGAAGGUAAAAAAAUUUUGUUGAGUUCGAUGCAAGUAGUUUCGUUAUUCAAGUAUGGAAGUAAAUUAUUAUAUAAUGCUGCAAUCAAUACCACGACUGCAUUAGUUGGAUUGGAUGUUCCAAGAUGUUUAGAAUUCGCAGUAGACAAGAAAAGUACUGAAAUGGAGAUUUUUGAACCUGCCAUGAGGGAAAUUAUCAAGAUUGCUGCCAGUGAGGGGAUUAUUCUUGAAGAACAAUUUGUUGGGUUUUUUGCUAACAUUACGAGGAAUAAAAUGUUCAAACCAUCAAUGUGUGUAGAUGAAGAAAAGGGUCAAUUGAUGGAAUUAGAGGUCAUUCUUGGUAACCCAUUGAAGAUAGCUAAAAGAAACGGGAUAGAAACACCACUCUUAUCAAUGUUAUAUAAUUUACUUGUUCUUGUGCAAGGUAAAUUAAAGGAAGGGAAUGGAUUGAUUAAAUUCAACGAAGAUACAUGCCGUAUGGAAUCGGAAUGA